GUUCAUCCUCUGCACCACCCCCUCUCUCCUCUUCUGGCUCUGAAAACGUAUACCCAAACUCUCCACCUUUCAUCCCAACCCCCCAUCUUGCAACGUACGACCACCAACAUGUCCUCUACCACCUUCCUCUCGCCCGACCAGGCCUUGGCCACCCUCAAAGAGUACGAGUCCGGGGACGGUCUCUCCUUGAGAGAGUUGAUGGAUACCAGGAGGAACGGACAGGGAGGGUUGACUUAUAACGAUUUCUUGGUCUUGCCCGGAAAGAUCGAUUUUCCCGCCUCGGAGGUCUCCCUCCAGACCAAGGUGACCAAGAAGAUCACCCUCAACAGCCCCUUCCUCUCUUCCCCCAUGGACACCGUCACCGAGACUCAGAUGGCCAUCGCCAUCGCCCUCCACGGAGGUCUCGGAAUCAUCCACCACAACUGUUCCGCCCAAGAACAAGCCGCCAUGGUCAGGAAAGUCAAGAAGUACGAGAACGGCUUUAUUACGGAUCCCAUCUGUUUGGGAGCCGGGGAUCUGGUCGAAGACGCGCUGGAGAUCAAGGAGAAGCUCGGAUUCGGAGGUAUUCCCAUUACUGAGACCGGCAAAGUCGGCGGCAAGCUCCUCGGAAUCGUCACCGGUCGAGACGUCCAGUUCAGGGACGCCUCUGCCCCGCUGGCCGACGUCAUGACGACCGACCUCGUCACCGGCAACUCGGGCAUCUCGUUGCAAGAGGCCAACCAGAUCAUCCGGGACAGCAAGAAGGGUAAACUCCCCAUCGUCGACGCCCAGGGCAACUUGGUCUCCCUCUUGGCCCGAUCGGACCUGUUGAAGAACCAAAACUUUCCCCUGGCCAGCAAGUUGCCCGAGAGCAAGCAGUUGUACUGUGGAGCUGCCAUCGGGACCCGAGAGGCCGACAAGGACAGGUUGAGGUUGUUGGUCGAGGCCGGACUCGACGUCGUCGUCCUCGAUUCGUCCCAGGGAAACUCGAUCUACCAGAUCGAAUUCAUCCAGUGGAUCAAGUCGACCUUCCCCGACUUGCAGGUCAUUGCCGGAAACGUCGUCACGAGGGAACAGGCCGCACAGCUCAUCGCCGUCGGUGCCGACGCCUUGAGGAUCGGGAUGGGUUCCGGAUCGAUCUGUAUCACCCAAGAGGUCAUGGCCGUCGGUCGACCCCAGGGUACGGCCGUUUUCGCCGUCAGCGAGUUUGCCCGCAAGUUUGGCGUCCCUACCAUCGCCGACGGGGGUAUCCAGAACGUCGGGCACAUCGCCAAGGCCCUCGCCCUCGGUGCGAGCGCGGUCAUGAUGGGAGGCAUGUUGGCGGGGACCACCGAAUCCCCCGGUGAAUACUUUUACCACGAGGGCAAGCGUGUCAAGACGUACCGAGGCAUGGGAUCCAUCGAGGCCAUGGAACAUCAAAAGAAGAAGCCCGCCUCGGGGGUCGUCGCUGCCAAAGUCAAGGCCGCGGGGAUCUCGGUCGCUCCUUCCGGGGACGACAAUGCCGCCACGGCCCGAUACUUUUCCGAAGCCGACGCCGUCAAGGUCGCCCAGGGUGUCAGUGGGGACGUCGUGGACAAGGGUCCGUUGAGCAAGUUUGUACCGUACUUGUACACCGGGUUGCAGCAUUCGUUGCAGGACGUCGGGGUCAAGAGCGUCGAGCUCUUCAGGGAGGGUGCCGACAAGGGUCAGGUCAGGUUCGAGCUCCGAACCGCCUCUGCUCAGGCUGAAGGAGGUGUUUCGAACUUGCACUCGUACACCAAGAGGUUGUUUGCCUAGACCUAGGACGCGCGCGCGAGAGAUGAUGAGGAGUGUCUUGAGUUGUAAUUUGUCCGAAACGGAGUUUGGUUUCCCCUCCUCCUAUUUUUUCACCCUCCAAUUCUUGGUAGUUUUUCAUGAAAUGACGAUAUAGACAACAUAUGUGCAGAA